AUGAGACUGCACAGUGUUCAACUUCUCGCUUCUUCAGACAGUUGUAAACCUAAAGCUAGUUGUAAUCAAAAAUACAUUUUUUAUUUUACAUGCUCCGUCUCGGCAGAUGCCUGUCCGUGUAAGAACGGAGGCAGCUGUACCGAAGGUCCCAGCGGGUCCAUCUGUACCUGUGCAGAAGGUUGGACAGGAGCCACAUGUGAAACAGAGUUGUUCUGCGCAAGCCAGCCUUGUGGGCAUGGAGGAGUCUGUCUGGACGGUGCCAACGGCUUCUACUGUUUCUGUGACGAAGGGUGGGACGGUAAGCAGUGCGAAACAGACGUUGACGAAUGUAAAAACAACCCGUGUGGCACGAAUCAACAGUGUAUCAAUCAGCCUGGCGACUACACAUGCAACUGCACCCAGGGAUACGACGGGAAACCUUGCAAGGAUGUCAACGAGUGCGAAGCUACACCUUACCCUUGUCACGUCAACGCGACCUGCACCAACACUGAUGGAAGUUACUCCUGCUCCUGCAAGUCAGGCUUCAGUGGGGACGGAGAUAACUGUGCAGAUGUCGACGAGUGCUCCUUUCUCGGUCGAUGUCCAGCCAACUCAAACUGUGUCAAUACUAUUGGCAGUUACUACUGCGAUUGUCACCAAGGAUACGGUGGACCAUCUUGUACAGAAGUAACUACAACGCCUCCGCCAUCUACAGCAAGUUCCACAACAACAACGACCUUGAACACCUUCACUGGUACUGUGACUACAACAACGGCGGCACCCACAACACCGGGAACAACGGCGGAGCCAACAACACCCGGGACAACAGAGGCACCAACAACCACAGAGCCAAGCCCAGACAUCGGCUGGACAAAUGGGCAAAGCGUUGCAAACAAUAACAUCAUCUACGCCAACGGCACUAGCGACAUUAGAGACAGCGGCUGGAAAGUAGAUACCACUAUUGAUCAAGAAAUCAGUGAAGCUGUCAAUCACACAGGACACCAGUCUUGGUACUAUAAGAGUGGUAUAAACCCUGUUAAUCCACCUGCUCCCGGAGACAAAACACCCUUCUCUCCCGGACUCAGCGUUAAAGUCGGACGGUCGGACAGCGCCUACACCGGCGACGCGGACUCUUUCUACGUGUCCUUCUGGUUCAAAAUGGCGCAUGAUGGCAGUGACAGAUACGGAGACGGGACUCGGAUGUUGGUCGUAGCGGGAGACCCAGACGGUACAGACGCCUCGUCAAACUACCUAGAGAUCAAUUUUCCCUACAGAUUCAACGCCAAGGUAGAAAUUCGAACCAAGGAAAGCCAUCCUAGUUAUGCAGAAUGCGCGCAGAGCAAGGACUGCGGCGAUGACUUUGGUUUGAUCUAUACCACCAUAGCCAACAGGCUUGAUCCCACCACCUGGCACCAUGUUGAGAUGACCCUCCGCUCCCGGCCCCAAGACUACAUGGACGAGUGGUUCUAUGUCAUCGACGGGGACACGGCAAACCCUUCGCAAGGAGGCGCUUUUUACAAAACCCAGCAGUACGACGAAGACCGGUACCUGUACGUCAACAGGGUGUCGUUCAUUGACAUCAGUAGCGAGAGUGUCAACAGAAAGAAAGGAAUCUACUUCGAUGACAUCAGCUAUAAAGCCUACAAUUCAUCCAAUCCCGCCUUGGUCCUUGACGAAUACAGCACCUCUUUUGAACCAGUUUAGAAAAUGGAACUAAGUCAGAUCGUCAAUUGGGAGAUGCUGUUUUAAACCUAGUGCAUCUUUUGAUAGCUAGUGGUGUUAUGUGCAGUUCCUAAGUUAAGAUAGGUCCCCCCAAACAAUAAUAAAACAAGAAUGCAAAGCGCUUACUUGUGUAUUGCAGAUAAACUCGCAUACGCUGUACCGGUAGGUUUGGGAUACUUUAAUGUGGUGAUGCCCACACAAUGAUGUAACGGUCUCUUUAAAACUUUUCACGACCUGUGGUCGAUAAAAGAGUGUGUCUUAAUAGCAAUAGUAUAUAGCAUAUAUCUCUAUAUGUUAAUAUUUGUGUUUUCCAUACAGCUUGUACAACUGAAGUCAUAAGGCUAAUAUAUAUAUAUAUUGUAUGCAGGUAGCUAUUGUUAGGCAUAUUAACAUAAUGUCCAAUAGUACUAAUAUUGGACUAAUGGUGGCAACACAAAGUUGAGUUGUGAAUGUAUACUUUCUAGACAUCAAUAAACUGAAAGCAAAUAUUUUGA